GGCUUUCUUCCUCUUCCUGCGUUGUGGCAGCACGAGAUUUGCAGUUUUGUGUGCAUUUAUCAUCAUUACCGGCCAAAUUGAUAGCCCAAAAUGAGUACCGAACUCACGGAGCGUAUUCUUCAGCAUCUGGAUAGCACCGACAAGGUGGACACUCUGGACCUGGCCUCUCUCUUCGACAUCGAUCACCAGAAAAUUGUCGGCGCACUGAAAAGCAUUCAGGCGCAUGGUGAACUGGUGAAUGCCACGACAGUCACACACAAGUCCCUGGAGCUCACCGAAGAGGGUCGUCAUGUGGCCCUGUGUGGCAGCCAUGAGGCUGUCGUGUUUGCAAAUGUCCCAGACGGUGGAAUCGAGCAGCGUGUGCUCCUACUAGUCAAUGGCAAUCCCAAUGCCAAGGUUGGCUUCAGCAAGGCCAUGGCCAAUGGCUGGAUAAUGGUGGACAAGAGCGAGAAGCCGCCGCUGGUCAAGCGCAAGGUGCCAACGAUUGUGGAUACGGUCAAGGAGCUGCUGAAUCAGGUAGCAAAAGGAAAGACCGACCUGCCGGCCAAUGAGGUGGCCGAAUUCAAGAAGCGCAAGCUGCUGCAGGAGACCACCGUCAAGAGCUUUGUCCUGACCAAGAGGCCAGAGUUCGCGACCACGCUCACCAAACUGGAGACUGAUCUCACCGUGGAGAUGCUCGCCAAUGGCCUGUGGCAGCAGCUAAAGUUCAAAUCGUACAACUUUGAUGCCUUGGGGGCAACGCCGACGCGUGGCCAUCUGCAUCCGCUGCUGAAGGUGCGCACCGAGUUCCGACAGAUAUUCCUGGAGAUGGGCUUCUCGGAAAUGCCCACCAACAACUACGUGGAGUCAUCGUUCUGGAACUUUGACGCCCUGUACCAGCCGCAGCAGCAUCCCGCUCGUGAUGCCCACGACACCUUCUUCGUCAACCAUCCGGCCAAGAGCCACAAGUUCCCCCAGGAAUACUUGGAGCGCGUGAAGAGCGCCCACUCCAAGGGCGGCUACGGCUCCAUAGGCUAUGGCUAUGACUGGAAGCUCGAGGAGGCACAAAAGAACCUUCUGCGCACCCACACAACGGCCGUCAGUGCUCGCAUGCUGUUCAAGCUGGCCCAACAGGAGGGCGGCUUUAAGCCGGCCAAAUAUUUCAGCAUCGACAAGGUAUUCCGCAACGAGACACUCGACGCCACCCAUUUGGCAGAGUUCCAUCAGGUUGAGGGCGUCAUCGCUGAUGUUGGUCUCACGCUGGGCGAUUUGAUUGGAACGCUGUACGAGUUCUUCCGCAAGCUGGGCAUCACUCAGCUGGAAUUCAAGCCGGCAUACAAUCCCUAUACCGAGCCGAGCAUGGAGAUUUUCUGCUAUCAUCCGGGUCUGGCCAAAUGGAUCGAAGUGGGCAACUCGGGCGUCUUCAGGCCGGAGAUGGUGCUGCCCAUGGGCCUGCCGGAGAAUGUCAAUGUGAUUGCCUGGGGCCUAUCGCUGGAACGACCCACCAUGAUCAAGUACGGCAUUAACAAUAUUCGCGAUCUUGUUGGUCCCAAGGUCGACCUGAAAAUGGUGGAGGAUGGACCCAUUUGCCGGUUGGAUCAUGCGUAGAAUUAAAACAAGGAAAACCUGCGAUCAAAUUGCAUUUUUUUCACAACUGUUCCAAAAAUAAAAUAUUUAUAAAAACCA